UUUCUUGAUUCGCAGGCAGGGCCAGUAAUUAAGGUUAAAAUCCCCAAGGAUCGAGACGGCAGGCCCAAGCAGUUUGCGUUUGUGAAUUUCAAACAUGAAGAAUCCGUCCCGUACGGUUUGAGCCUGCUUAACGGGAUCAAACUCUAUGGAAGGCCCAUCAAAAUUCAGUUCCGAUCAGGGAGCAGUCACGCAUCUCAGGAUGGCAACCCGUCUUGUUCCCCGCAUGGAGCUGCCAACGCCAGCCCAUCCGGCGCGCCGCAUCCGGCGUCAAGCUGCAGCAGAUAUGACAGGAGUUCUGACAGCACGGUAGCGGCGGGAUUCUCGUCGGUGCAGAGGUCUCUGCCAUCUGCUGAAAACCUUCAGAGACAAGCGGUGAUGCACGGCGCCAUGUGGCAGCAGCCCCAGUUUGGGGGGAA